CUGCUGCUGCUGCUGCCACAUGUCCCAUUCACAUUACACGAUGUUUAUUAUUAUUAUUAUUACUACCCGGGACAUCGCCUCCAGCGCAGCAUUCCCCUCAGCGCGAUCCCUCCGCCCACGCCUCUGCUCAGAUUGGUCACCGUGCCCUGUUAAUUUACAUGAACACGCCUACCUUAAUUCCUAUUGGGCUCAAUACAGAAAAAAAACAUCAUCGCAGUAAGCGAUUGGCUGCCGCACGACAUUCCCGACCUCCUAAUUAAUAUACGGCACCUGAUUAGUCAGACUCCACCGCCCCUCCCGCCGGAUUGGUCCAUUGACUUCUGCACUCGCUCCAUCACGUCGUAGUAGUAGUAGUAACUGAGCGGUGUUGUGGUCGGGAGUCUCAGAUCGGACAGUGCCGUCCACACCAACCGGCACUCCGCCAACGGGAGGGACUGUGACCGCUCCCCGGAUCCUCCACGUCAGCAGCCGCUGAGCAGGUAACGGCUCAUCGUGGUCCCGUACUUUCCUCCGCAGGACCGUCUCACCAGCAAAAAUGACCCCAGUUCUUACAGAUACAGUUACCCAGCUGCCUGGGGUUCAUAUCUCACCGUCUCUUAGUACAAGGAGCCUGCGCACCGACCCCAGUCAUUGCCUAGAUACUUCCAAUACCAAAGUCAACUGUUCAAGUGUAGUAUUUGCUGGUACGGAGCUACUACAUCUGCACAAAGACUUUAAGCCAGUUGAGCCACUUUCUUCAGCUCAUUAUAAAACGCUCUUUCUAUUGACAUCAAGUUCUGGUUUGAAUCUAGAAAAUAAGCGCCAUUCAGCAUGGAAGACGGAGCAAGCCGCGCGCUUUCAGGGGUUUCUCGCACAGAAAGAUGGUAGUCCUCCGCUUGCCGAGAGCAAAGUGAGAAGAGAACUCUUCCCCGGCACAGUGAGCAAGGUCUUAGCUGACGUAAACAAACUCUGGGACAUAACGGUAGCCGAGGCCGGAAGCCGGCAUGGAUUGUAUGACCCAAAAUACAGGUUACAAAGAAUAAUAGAGGAGGAAAGUCUUGCCUUGCCAUUUACUAGUAAUUCUAUCACACCCGAUUUAUUGGACUUGGAAAAUGAGCCACAAAACGCAGCUGAUAAGGAAAGAAGAGCGAAGCUGGUAUUUUUGAAAUGUCUGAAUCGGCAACAAAUGCUCUUAAACCGCGCACAGCAAAACCAAAAACGCCUGCGGUUGCUGUUGGCAACGCAUGCUGUGGAACAUUGCAGCAAACAGAUAAGUGGCUUUGUGAAUCAUCAGAUUGAGACGAUAAAGGUGCAUAGGAGUUCUGCCAGCCAACCACGUAACAACGCAGAGACAGAUGCGGAGGUGCUGGACCCAGUGGGAACGGCCAGUGGUACAUGUAUGGAUUUUGACAAUGCAGUCUGUCAGGCAAUGCCAUCUGCCGUCAGGAAGUUUUCUAUACCCACCAGGGGACUUAUAAACCACCUUGCACGGGAGUUGGACUCUGAUGCUACAGAAAGCAGCUCUGACGAGGAUUGGGAUGAAUACUCUAGCAAAACGCAUGACUGUAGUGCGGAAUGGGACUGGCUGUCAGUAAGAGCGGGUGUCGCGAGUCGCUGGACCUGGCUUCAGGCUGAGAUUUCAGAGCUGGAGUACAAAAUCCAGCAAAUGGCCAAUCUUCAGGGUCCGAUCCGGAGGCGGAAGGGAACGCUGGUGUUUGCAGAACCCUCAGAUUGCAUUGUCAGAGAAGAAACACAUCUUCCAGAUAAAGGCAUCUUAUUAAGUCCUGCAGGGAGGCUGGCGGCACCCCCAGAGGAAUCAGAUCUGCCUGCUGCAAAGGACUUAGACAUGUCUCCUAGCAGCCCCACUCUGCUCCUGAGAAACAUAGAGAAGCAGAGUGCUCAGCUGACUGAAAUGGUUAGUAGCCUGAUCACAGCAGACCCCAACCGCCUGUCUCCUACACUGCCAGUCAAACCCUUCACACGUGACAAGCCGGCUACCGGAGUCCCUUAUGGAACGUCAGGAGCCCCAAACCGUAAUGGAUUUUGCAAGCAGCAACCAGUAAAAAACAGGAAGCGGAUCCGUGCCAAAGCCUCCACCGUUCUCGGGAGAAGCUCAGCCCGCACCAGACCUCUGCGGCUGUGUUACAAACGGAACCUAUAUAGGCUGGGCCCGGGCUACACGCCUAUACAUUUGGCUGUACACUCAUCCAGAGCUGUAUAUGGUUGCAAUGAAUCACAGCAAACCGCAAACCACAGCUCUACCUGGAUCAGUUGUGACAAGCGGCAGAAUGUCUGCGAGAUAGACCCACACUUCCACCCUGUCUUGUCAUUCCUCUCCGAUCUGCCGCUGUACUUGCGUCUUGAGGCUUUGCUGAAUAAUAAUGAAGAUAUUAAAGGAGAUGUACUGGACAGCGCACUAUGCACUAAACAUGAGGCCGACCGACGCCCCUCCCGUGCAACUGCACCCUGGAGCAAGGAACGCACAGGCCGCUUCAGGCCUUGUUAUGAAACACGCAGCCGAGAAAGAAGACACGCAAGCGCGGCGGAAGCCGGCACCCUCCCUCUAUCUGCAAACUCCUUCAGCCACACUGCACAAGAUGAUGAUACCAAUAGGACACCGUCUUCUCAGGAAUCCGCCGCACAGACUCCUGCCGCCAAUAUUGUAUUCAGUGCGACCAGACGCAAGUUGCGGAGUGGGGUCUCGUAUGACAUUGACAACAUUGUAAUUCCCAUGAACCUGGUUGCACCCACUAAAGUGGAGAAGUUACAGUACAAAGAAAUCCUUACUCCCAGAUGGAAAGAAGAAGUCCAUGCACCCCUGGAAAUUGUCCCCAAUGAAGAGCUGGAAGAUCUGUCGGAUGAGGCCUACUCUAGCCGGCAUCAGAAGUAUGAGCAGAAGGAGAAGGCCCGCUGGGUACCUUGGAAAGAGAACAGAUGGCCCAAAAGGAGCAGGUACUCAGGCCAUAGCUUAGGAGUGUGGUCCGCUAACGUUUUGUUCUGCAAUGAAGAGAACUGUAGUCCCAGUUCCUUGUCACCGGUUUCUCAGGAAACAUUAUCCCCCCGUGCAGCCGGUUCCCAAAGCCUCCAGUCAGCAGGAGAUCUGCAGCGGGAGAAGGUAGGGUGCUGGGAGCGCAGGGUGUUUCCAUUAAGAGACGCUGCAGCUGUGGCGUUACUAGCCGCAGGAAAACCUGCUCCGCAGCCCCCAACGAAUGCAGGCAGCGACAGUAACAGCGACCAGAGGUGAUGGAACAAUCUGCAUGAACACUCACAGGCCGGCUUCUGAGCUCUGGCAGAGGAAUGAGGAGUGCGGCUGAAGACCUGCAUCAGAGAGGAAGACCUGCAUCAGAGAGGAAGACCUGCGAACGAUCACACAGCAAGCCUGGGCCGGAUCACGUAUCCCUGUGCACACUCCUCCUCAGCUGCUCAAACGUUCAAUGUUUCUUCAAGUCUAGAAACAUUCCCUCCAACAACUCUGGCACUUGUUCACAGUUACUGGGCGCUCAGUCAGGGCAAGUACCAGGCUAUUUAGUUAAACGUUCACUCUAAUUAUAUUGGAUUACUUAAAUGGAUUUUAAUUUGGCAGCUGCAUAAGGUCUUAAGCUCAGCAAAGUAUAAAAGGCAAUUCAGCCUCCACCACCUGAUCUCUAUUGUGGCAUCCAGAACGUUUUUUCUGCAGUUAUUUGUAAGGUUCCUUACUGCACAGUGCCAUAUAUUGUAGGAUUUCCUGUCUGUGGGGAAAGUAUCUAUUUAUGCAAAGUAUUUAACACUAACCUAUCUCUGCAAUAUUACCCAUUCCCAAAAUGUAGACCUGCAAUGUAUAUAUAUUCUCCUGACAUUGGUGCCAGGAAAAUGUGUCAAUAAUUUGGGACUGUGCUGAACCCCUUGCGGCUAGCAAGCGUGCAGGCUCCCCGCUCAUAAUAGUAGGGUUCCAGGUCACAGAGCAGAGGCAUGCGGUCCUCCAGCUGCUGUGGAACUACACAUCUCAGCAUGCCCGAACAGCAAACCUGUGGCAGGGAAUGCUGGGAUAUAUAGUUCCAAAGCAGCUGAAGAGGCUGCAUGUUAAAUACCCCUGAUGUAGAAGAUUAGUGUUAAAUAUUUGGCACGGGCAACACACCCUUAGUCCCUCCUGACUUCCAGAAUAAAUGACCAGUUGUGUGGGCAUCUUGGUCAUGUAGAGAGUAUUUCAACACUAGAAGAGUUAACCAUAUUCGGAAGGAAGGAUUGAAACAUGACAGUUGUGCAAGCUACCAGCUUUUCACAGGUUCUGUUUUGUAAUAAAGUUAUUUCUGUA